AAUUUUUUUUUCCUGUUGAGUUUCUGACUUCCCUCGCGGAAAGGAGGGGAGGGGGGGGUUCCAACAGACAACUUUUCAUCUCGGCGUUACUUUCAGCUGCUGUUCCACCGUUCCCCCGUCCUGUCAGGCUCGUCUAAUCUGGGUGGUCGGUCGCUUGCUGGACGCCGUUGCGCGCAUAGUAUCACGCGCCACGGUUGGGACGCGUCGAUAACUCGAACCUCCUCCCCCUCUUUUUCUUUCCGCCAAGUCCUCCUUAUCUGCCAUAGCUCGCCAGCCUCGUCAACCUCUCACGCCGGACCGCCCCCACCGAGGCCAAGCCGACAACGAGUACGCAGAGCUCCCAGGGCGCCGCCAGACAAGGCCCCUAUGAAGGCCAGCGCGGUUCCGGGGGACUGGACGUCCUCCGGGGAGGACGUUGGCGUCAUCGGGUCGACGGCAUACGCCGUCGGCGGCGAGAAGAGCAAGAAGACGGGCGAGAAGGGCGCCAGCGACGCCGACUCGGCGCAGCAGGGCGAGCUGCAGCGUCAGCUCUCCGGGAGGCACCUCAACUUCAUCGCCAUUGGCGGCACCAUCGGCACCGGCUUCUUCCUGGGCACCGGCACGGCCCUGGUCAAGGCCGGCCCGGCCGGGUGUCUGAUCUCGUACAUGUUCGUCGGGACCAUCUUGUGGUCGGUGAUGGUCUGCCUGGGAGAAAUGGCGACCUAUAUCCCCACGGCAGGGGCAUUCUCGGCCUAUGCGACGAGAUUUGUUGAUCCGAGCCUGGGCUUCGCGGUCGGGUGGCUGUACUGGUUUGGCUGGGCCACCACCUAUGCCCUCUCACUCGUUGCCGCCGGCCUCAUCAUCCAGUACUGGAAUCACGACCUGAACAUCGGCAUCAUCAUCGCCAUCUUUUGGGUCGUCUUCACCGUCGUCAACCACCUCCCGGUCGGCAUCUACGGCGAGCUUGAGAUGUGGCUGUCGAGCCUCAAAGUCAUCACCAUCGUCGGCUUCAUCAUCUUUGCCAUCUGCGUCGCCGCCGGUGUCGGUCAGGAGGGUGUCCUGGGUUUCCGGUUCUGGAAGGACCCGGGCGCCUUCAACGAGUACCUGGUCCCCGGCGGGAUCGGGAAGUUCGUCGGCUUCUGGGCGGUCAUGAUCCAGGCCUCGGUGUCGUAUCAGGGUGCCGAGCUGGUCGGCGUGGGCGCCGGCGAGGCCCGCGAUCCGCGCAAGACGGUGCCCCAGGCGAUCCGCGUCACGUACUGGGGCAUCAUGCUCCUGUUCGUCGUGACCAUGCUCCUCAUCACCAUGGUGGUGCCCUCGUCCGACCGGGAGCUGCUCAGCGACUCGUCCAACGCGUCAGCCUCGCCGCUCGUCAUCGCCGCCCGGCGCGCCGGCGUCAAGGUGCUGCCCGACAUCAUCAACGCCGUCCUCCUGACGGCCGUGCUCUCGGCCGCCAACUCCAACGUCUACUCGGGCAGCCGCGUGCUGCUGGCGCUCGCCGAGGAGGGCCAGGCGCCCGCCAUCUUCAAGAGGACGAACCGGUGGGGCAUCCCCGUGUGGGCGGUCGGCGGCACCGCCGCGUUCGGCCUGCUCGGCUUCCUCAACCUGUCCGAGGACGGCGGCAAGGUGUUCAACUGGCUGCUCAACAUUAGCGGCGUGGCCGGGUUGACCACCUGGGCGAGCACCUGCCUGUCCCACCUGGCCUUCAUGCGCGCGCUCAAGGCCCAGGGCAUCCCGCGCUCCGAGCUGCCGUACGUGUCGCGCUUCCAGCCGUACACGGCCAUCUACGGCCUCUUCUUCAACGUCCUCAUCACCCUGACGCAGGGCUUCACCGCCUUCGUCCACUGGAACGUGAGCGACUUCUUCGCGGCAUACAUCAGCCUGAUUCUGUUUGUGCUCCUGUGGGCCGGGCACAAGCUGUGGUACCGGCAGCCGAGCGUCAGCCCGGCAAAGGCCGACUUGGUUCGCGGUCGCUUCGAUCUCAACGGGGAGAGAUCGGCGGCCGAUGGUGGGGUAUGAGCAUGAGUAUGAUUAUGAGCCUGGGCCGGCGGACCUGUGACUCGUGAUUCCAGGC